AUGGGAGAUCCUCAACAACCAAGUGAAUAUCGUAAAAAAAUAUUUUCCAAUAAUUUACAAGGCUUAGAUGCUGUAUGUCAUUUCAUUUGUGCAUCGACCAAAUGUUCCGAAAAAGAUGAAUUAAAAUCAUGGGAAGUUAAUUUUGGAUAUAUAGAAGAUGAACAAAAGAAAAAUGCAUUAGUAAAAAUUCGACUUUGUCCUACUUGUUCGGACAAAUUGAAUUAUAAAACUCGACAUCAGGAAGCAAAGAAUGAAGAAUUAAUCGAUAGGGAACAUAAAGAACAUGACAAGUCAAAACAAUUAGAAUACACAGAAAAGAAAUUAUCUCGAAAAAAUGAAUUUGAUGAAUAUUUUAUAGGAUUAUUUGAUUAA